AUCCAUGAUGGCAAGAGCAGAGGAGCAGAGACCGCGAUGGACCGAAGAAGAAGACCAUAAGCUCAUUGAAUGUAAAAGCAGAAACCCCCAUCUAUCUUGGCCAAAUAUCGCAAUGCUGGCAGGGCUGGAGAGGAGUGGCAAGAGUUGUAGGGAGAGGUGGAAUAACAGUCUGACGGAAGACAAUACCCUGCAGUGGCUUCAUGGGAAUAGGGCGAGCCGCUGGAACAACCAAUUGAAGAAGAAGCUUGGGAUAAGUACUCAUCAGAAUAUUCCUGACCCACAAAGCUCGUUCAUCUCAACCAGAAUAUUCCAAACGCAAGCUCCAUUUCUACACCCAUUUCAGCCUCACAAGGACUCGCCAACCCUUGCUUCAGAAGCCUAGCUACCUAGAAUUUCUUAGUGAUGAGAUUAUCGAUCACUCUGUCGAGGGAGAUGAGCUUGAGUCUUUAAUUGUCGGGUUUGCUUCUUUGAUUCCCAAAGUCAAUCCAAAUGAGACCAAUUUCGGGGAAGAUUACUUUGAGCCUUGGAUUUCUGGACCGGUUUCAGCUUCAGUGGAGGAGAAGUUCAUGCCAACUGAACAAGUCACCAGAAAUUGGCAGAACUUUCCGACUAUGAGACUAGUAGAGAAUAUAUAAUAUAUGUAUGCUCCAUGAUCAUGAAC